GGUUCGCCUUCCAUCACAGAGGUUCGGUUCGUCUUCAUCGCCAUGGCUGCUUUGCGUGAUCUUCUUUUGGUUGGCCUGGUGACCUUCGUCGCCAGUGCCGGUGUGGAAACCACGCCCAGUUCAGAAAUGCGGGAAAAGACGUACCAAGGUGCUGCAGAGUCUGCAAAGAAGGCUCUGCAGGAUAUUGUGGACUUGGGCAACUCUGUGGAGAGCAAAGCUCGCAAGUCCCUGGCAGACAAAGCGAAGGAGGCAGAGCAACGGGCAGAGUCGGAGCUGUCCAUCAGCAAGAAGGAGCUCUCGGAGCAUUUCGUCUCCCUUCAGAAGGAGGCUGCUGCUGAGGUGGGCAAGUCUCGGUUGGACGCUGCCCAAGAAACUCUGCGUGCCAUGGAGGAGGCCGACGAACGCUUGCAGAGGCUGUCCCAGCGCACUGCACGGGAGUUGGAGCAUGCUUCCAGGGGCGCUGAGGACCUUGGGCGUGAUAGUGCCCGUGAUGUGCAGGAGCAGGCGGACCGCAUGGCUCGGGUGGCGCGCAGCAAGACGGACCACCUCUCGCGGGUGGCGCGGAGGUAUGACCUGCCCGACCUCUCGGAGAGGAUGGACCGUGCUGCGGAGGAGGCAGCGCGAAAGGUGCAGGACGCCUCAGAACGAGGUGCCCGUGUGACGGAAGAUGCCGCGCGUGAGCUUCCCAGGGAGUUCAGCAAAAACCAGAAGAAGGAGGAGCAUGCGCGUCAGCGUGCCAUUGAGGAUACGCGAGAGCUGAUCCGCUCCGCUAAGCAGGGCGGUGCAGCUCCAGUCACCCUUGUCGCUGACGACGGCAAUGUCUUGGCACUCGUAGUGCUUGCAGCGGUGGCAGGAGCUGCAUCUGCGGCCGUGGCCGCAUACGUCAUGCGGCGCAAUGACAAUGACAUCGAGGACAAGUAUUUGUUGGUGGUUUGAGUUCCCGUUCGGUGCCUCAAGAGUCUGCGUACUGGGACGAUUCCUCGUGGGAGUCGCACCUUGCUUCAGCCAUGAGCAUUUUGGGAGAAAAGGAUCAACCACUCUUGAGUCAUUGGGGGCCGAGCAAGGACUUCAGUGCAGCCUUCUGAAUCGUGCGGG